AGCGCAGCAGUCAGCGCGCGCUCGCCGCCGGCGCCGCACGUCCAUGUCGCCAUGGUCUACCCCGACUCGCGCUGGGGAGCAGACGCGUUAGCCCCCCUCUAUGAUGACGUCUAUCGAGCUGACGGCGUGCUGUCAACCGUGAACGUGGUGGAGGCUCUGCAGGAGUUCUGGCAGGUGAAGGCCGCGCGGGGGGGCGGCGCGGGGGCGCUCGUCAUCUACGAGUCUGUGCCCGCCGCCCACCCGCCGUAUGUGUGCUACGUCACGCUGCCGGGGGGCGCUUGCUUCGGUAGCUUCCAGAAUUGCCCGACCAAGGCAGAAGCCCGACGCAGCGCGGCGAAAAUCGCGCUCAUGAACAGCGUGUUCAACGAGCACGAAUCCCGCCGUAUUUCGGAACAUUUCAUCGAGAAGGCCGUGGCUGAGGCUCGAGCCAGCUUCGCGGGUGAUGCUGCCGCACAUCAAGACCCUAGCGCUGGCAUUGCUGCCUUCAGGUUCAUGCUGGAGGCAAACAAAGGGCGCACAAUGCUGGAGUUCCAGGAGUUGAUGACAGUGUUCCAGCUGCUCCACUGGAACGGUUCGCUGCGUGCCAUGAGAGAACGCCAGUGCUCACGCCAGGAGGUUGUCGCCCACUACUCCGCGCGAGCUCUCGACGACGCGAUGCGCGAGCAAAUGGCGCGCGAAUGGGCCGCGAGGGAGCGCGAAGCGGGCACCGGCGGCGUCAUUCGCGCGGAGCUCGCGCGAGCGGAGCGCGAACUCCGCUCCGCGAGGCUUGCCGCGCGGGAACUCCGCUUCCCGAAGGAGAAGCGCGAUAUCUUGACGCUCGCCGCUCGCCUUGCCCCGCCGCAGCAGCCACAGUGAUCUCAAAACUAUGUAUAGAACUGUUGUCCAGUGAAUGUCCAACAACUUGAUAUUCUCUUCAAUAAAUCGUUACGUAGUUUUCGA